ACUGAAGCCGAGCUGAGAACAUCAUCCGCUUUGAGCGCUUAGGCGCAGUGAUUACAUCCUCACGGAGGGAGAUAGGGAGAAAGUCUUUUAUUCCUUCGUCUUUUUUUAGAAGACAUUUGUUUUGUUUUUCCAGCGAAUGUGAGAUUUGCUUUCUUUUUCAUCUCCUGUGGAAUUUCCUUCUUUGUUUGUGACUUUUCUGUGAAGAAAGGGUCCGUCUGUUCUGUGCACAGAGUCUUGGCUAUGCGUCCUGGCUCCAGCUUGCAAUGUUUGCGCUGACGCCAAAACUCACAGACCGGUGCAGAAUUGAUUAAAACAGAGAGGCUCGGAUCAAAUGGCUGUGCUUCUCACAGCUGAAACGACACAAUGUUCCACUGACCUGAGGCAAAGAAGAGAAUCUUCAGAGUCGGACAGCCUUGUUGCUGUUUGUUUUACUGCCUUUUUACGGACAGAGGAAAUGGAAGAUGCUCAAUUCUUGUAAUAAAGAGGAAUAACACUUUUUUUCUGUUUUGAAGUGCACUUGGACAUUGGCAGAGGAGAUGAUUUGGUUAAUAUUACUGCUCUCCAUUCUGGAUGGAGCCUUUUCUCAGCUACACUACUCCGUGCCAGAGGAGCAGGAGCCUGGCACUGUGGUUGGGAAUAUUGCAGAGGAUUUGGGGCUGGACAUUACCAAACUUUCGGCUCGCCGCUUCCAGACGGUGCCUAGUUCACGGACACCUUAUCUGGAGGUAAACUUAGAAAAUGGUGCGCUGGUGGUGAAGGAGAAAAUUGACCGGGAAGAAAUCUGUAAGCAGACCAUCCCGUGCCUAUUGCACCUGGAGGUGUUUCUGGAAAACCCACUGGAGCUAUUUCGCGUGGAGAUUGAGGUGAUGGAUAUCAACGACAAUCCACCUAGCUUUCCAGAGACAGACAUUUCCGUGGAAAUAUCCGAGAGCGCUAUUCCCGGGACGCGUUUCCCUGUGGAAAACGCCUUCGACCCCGACGUUGGCACAAACGCGCUAAACACAUAUGCCAUAACGAAUAAUAACUAUUUCUACCUUGAUGUGCAGACACAGAGCGACGGGAACAAGUUCGCAGAGCUGGUAUUGGAGAAGCCGCUGGACAGAGAGCAGCAGGCGGUGCACCGCUAUGUGCUGACGGCUGUGGAUGGGGGCAUCCCGCAGCGGACUGGGACAGCUCUCCUGGUCGUUAAAGUUCUGGACUCUAAUGACAAUGCGCCCACGUUUGACCAGUCUGUGUACACAGUUAACCUGCGGGAAAACUCUCCCGUUGGCAGCCUUGUCAUUCAGCUCAAUGCCACGGAUGUUGACGAGGGGCAAAAUGGGGAAAUAGUUUAUUCUUUCAGCAGUCAUAACAGCCCCCGGAUAAAGGACAUUUUCAAUAUUGAUGGCAGAACGGGUAGGAUAGAGGUGGCGGGUGAGGUAGACUACGAAGAGAGCAAUACGCACCAGAUUUAUGUCCAGGCUAAAGAUCUGGGGGCCAACGCUGUACCCGCGCACUGUAAAGUGCUAGUCAAACUCCUGGACGUGAACGAUAACACACCAGAGAUUGGUUUCAGCACUGUGACUGAAUCUGUGAGCGAGCAGGAUGCUCCGGGCACCGUUAUUGCACUUUUUAGCGUCUCAGAUCGGGACUCUGGUGAAAACGGGCAAAUGAGCUGUGAGAUACUUGGGGACGUUCCUUUCAAAUUAAAAUCAUCUUUUAAAAAUUACUACACCAUCGUAACAGACGGGCCGCUGGACAGAGAGAACACAGAUUCAUACACUAUCACUGUGGUGGCCAAAGAUAAAGGUCAGCCUUCACUAGCUACCAGCAAGUCCAUUAAAGUGCACGUCUCUGAUGAAAAUGACAACGCGCCCCGUUUUACGCAGGCUGUUUAUGAUGUAUAUGUGACAGAGAAUAACGUGCCCGGUGCUUUCAUUCAUGCUGUGAGCGCUUCGGACCCUGAUAUAGGACAGAAUGCUCUCAUUACCUACUCCAUAUUGGAGUGCGACAUACAGGGCAUGUCGGUGGACACGUAUGUGUCCAUAAACCAAGACACCGGCUACCUUUACGCGCUGCGCUCUUUUGAUUAUGAGCAGCUGAAGGAAUUCAGCUUCAUGGUGCAGGCAAAAGACUCAGGUGCUGCUGAACUGUUCUCUAAUGCCACGGUAAAUGUGAUCAUAGUUGACCAAAAUGACAACGCUCCUACUGUCAUAGCCCCAAUUGGCAAAAACGGCACAGCCAAAGAGCAUUUGCCGCGCUCUGCAGAACCCGGCUACCUGGUCACACGAAUUGUGGCGAUGGAUGCAGAUGAUGGGGAGAACGCACGCCUGUCCUACAGCAUCCUGCGGGGCAACGAGAUGGGGAUGUUCCGCAUGGACUGGAGGACUGGAGAACUAAGGACUGCACGCAGGAUCUCUCCCAAGCGGGACCCGCAGGGCUUCUACGACCUGCUGAUAGAAGUGAGGGACCACGGACAGCCUCCUCUUUCAUCCUCCGCUAGUGUGAGUGUAAUAUUAGUGGACAGCGUGGUCGAGGGCAACAGGGGAGAUCGUGGCCCGGCCUCCAGAGCCAAGGAAACUUCCCUUGACCUCACCCUAAUUCUCAUAAUCGCUUUAGGCUCCGUUUCCUUCGUUUUCCUGUUAGCCAUGAUAGUGCUGGCUGUGCGGUGCCAAAAGGACAAGAAACUCAACCUGUACACGUGCCUGUUCGCCGGUGACUGCUGUCUGUGCUGUGGCUCGUGCUGCAGCAGACAGGCUCGUGGUAGGAAACAGAAGAAGCUAAGUAAAUCCGACAUCAUGUUAGUUCAGAGCACCAACGUGACGUCAGGAGUCGGGCCCGUUGGGCAGGUGCCAGUGGAAGAGUCUGGUGUGGGGAGCGUGGGAGGCGGGUUCGGCUCCCACCACCACCAGAACCAAAACUCGUACUGCUAUCAGGUCUGUCUGACACCGGAGUCUGCCAAAACGGAUCUGAUGUUCCUCAAGCCGUGCAGCCCCUCCCGCAGCACUGACACGGACCACACCAACCCCUGCGGCGCGAUAGUCACAGGUUACAGUGACCAGCAACCAGACAUCAUUUCUAAUGGGAGCAUUCUCUCCAGUGAGACAAAACACCAACGAGCAGAACUCAGCUAUCUGGUGGACAGACCCAGACGUGUCAACAGUUCCGCAUUUCAAGAAGCUGACAUCGUCAGCUCCAAAGACAGCGGUCAUGGCGACAGCGAACAGGGUGACAGUGACCACGACGCCACAAACAGGGGUCAUUCAGCCGGUGCUGACCUGUUCUCCAAUUGCACAGAAGAGUGCAAGGCCCUGGGUCACUCCGACCGGUGCUGGAUGCCUUCCUUUGUGCCGUCAGAUGGACGUCAGGGGCCGGACUACCGCAGCAAUCUGCACGUCCCCGGCAUGGAUGCCACACUGCCCGACACUGAGGUACCCUCCUCCGUCAACCUCUCCGACCAACUCACCAUGACCUCCUCCACCGCCUCGUCCAACGAUAGGUCAUUCUCCACCUUUGGCAAGGACGGCCAAAGAUCACAGUCACACCACAGCCUUCACCAUCACCUUCAUCAGCAACAGCAGCAGUACAGCUCCAGCACGCUAGAGAGGAAAGAGUAUGAUAGGGGGACCCUACCAUACAAACCCACCUUUCUCUCCCGCAAAAGGAUUUGCUAGCUCAUUCCAUGUGGACCUGUCGGAGACAGCGUGAAUUUCUGUAGUAGACCACCAACACUGAUGCUGGAGACAGCAAAAUAAAAUUAAACAAACUGCAACCUGGACAACAGCAACCUUGGUUAAACUAAAUUGUCUCGGGUGGCGAACUGUAACGGAGCCUUGGCAGUGGUUGCUGAGUGGGAAAGGGGAAAUAAAUACUGAGUAGCUGUGAACCUCUAGAUACCUAAGGAGCAAUCCAAGGCCUUAUUUCUCUCAGCAGGACUGAGACAGGGGCCGGGACUCUCAACCAUGCGAAGAUUAUAAUGUUAUCAGAUUACAGCAGAAAGGAACUGAAAAAUCUGUGGAAUACAACACAAACGAAGUGGGACUGUUUAACUCACAAAGGUGUUUCUUGUCUGAUUGAGGAGUUAGCCUCUAGAAAUCUGUGUGUGCCUGUUUACAUAAAGAGAAAAAAAGACCUACUGUUUCUGUACAAACUUCUUCAACCAACGUCACAUGGAACCCUUUAGCUAUUUCUAUGGUCACCAAUAAGCCAGCUGUACAGAGACUGAUUGGGGGGGGGGGGGGGGGGGGGGGGCUGGAGACUGAUGUUGAGAGACCUAAGAGACAUUUAGAUUGAGAGAAAAUGAAAGGCAGAACAGGUGAUGUACAGGUUUAAAAAAAAUGGAAGGAAGCAAGGACAUGCAGAGAUGAUGUGCAGUACUACAAAUUCUGUAUCUCUGGUUUUUUGACUUGACUGUCUUUAUAUAACUUCUCUUUUUUGUUUCUGUUGUUUUUUCUGUGUGGUUACAGUGUGCAGACUCUGAAAUUUUCCAACUCACAGUCACAGACAGGAAGAUGUUGUCUAGAGCCGGGUUGAGUCUUCUUUCUAGUUUAGCCACUUCAGGAAGGAGACUUGAACAAACACACUGUGUAAAACAAGAGGCUCAUCAAUCACAUGUUGAGUUUAUAGAUAAAAUACCACAAAUGAAUGUUGUCAUUUUUUAAGUACUUACUAAUAGUUCUUGAGAUCCUUCCUGAUCUGACUGCACAGAAAGUGAUAUGGCCCAUUACACAGAUGGUUCCCUCGAUGCCACUGGCCUAUACAUAUAAACAAUCAGACACACUCAGUGGUUUUUAUCAUGUGUGCAAAGUGUUUACUGUGCUAUUUUAAAAGCUUACAAAUGAAUAUAAAUCUAUAUAUAUAACUAUAUAUAUAUAUAUAUAUAUAAAUAUAUACAUACAAUAUCCUUUUUCUGAAAACUGUGUAACCAUUGGUUAGUUUUUACACCUCAUUAUGUCAUUCAGUCUAAUACUACCAAGUGCUAUGAAAAUCAAGACUUGUGUUGAUUAAUCUGGAGGAGGUGUGCUUCAGCCUAAAAUGCAAGCCUUCACGCCAGCUAAUAUUUAAGUUGAUGUUCUUAUUUGAUUGUUACUUUUCACCGUUUACAGAUGCUGGGCCUUGUUGCGUGCAGCAAAGAAACCACUUGAGUUGUUUUAGCCUGUUGUAUAUUUUUACUAGCAGGACAUUUGAUCAUGUACAGGAUGGGGGACUAUCACAAUCCAGCAAAAUAUCAAAGGUCUUACAGUAACACCUGAGAGGCAUACACAGAUAUGGUGAAAAUGGCUUAAAAUAGGAAAUACAUGUUGAGGAGUAUUUCUCAGAAACACACACACACAACUCACACACAGGUCAAGUGGUGAUAAAUAAACAGUGUCAUUGAAGUUCUGUAAAGUGUGUUUCAUGUCUUCAUCUUGGAAUGUUCACCAAUGAAUCUUGGGAUGGCAUAAUGGGUCCAAAACCAAAGCUCUAAACAAACAGACCUAAUAAUGGUGUUAGAUAGAAAGUUAAAGGGUUAGAGACAUAGAGACUAAUCCAACAGUGAUUGGCAGAUGAAGGAAAAAAAAAAAAAAAAACUUCCAUCCAAAGUCAGGAGAGUCAAAGGAAACAUGAAUGAACAUGAAUGCCCUCACAUAAUAGCAAUCUACACAACUGUUCUUGAGAUCUUUAGAUUAGCUCAAACUAAAAGGAACAUUGGUAGAUUAACACAAUAAUUAGGACUAAAUGUUUUUGGGCCACAACCAUUUCUUCUUAAAAAAAAAAAUAAAUAAAAAUCAAAUGAAAAAGAAAAAAAAAUCACAGCAGUCCAUCUAAAGCUUAACAUAUGUCAGCAAGGACUUCAGCCAGAGCUGUUGCUUCUUAUAAUCGGACUAUGCAAAUGCAUAUGGCCCCACCGGCCACAAGGGGGGUGAACCCAAAUGUUCAGCCUCACCUGGGGAGAUUUAAAAUUACUUAUCUUUAUUUCUUAAGUUUCAAAACAAAUGUAGAAUGUAAGUUUAAAAUAAUCUGCAAUAACCAGCCAUGGCUGGUGUUUUUGUGGCAUAAUUAAGUUAAAAUUGUUGGAUUUCACUGUCAUGCAGUGAGUAAUGUCUGCGGACCAGAGUGAUUGGCAGGUGCCCAUCAUUCCCGUUAGUAAGGAUAUGGAUGGUAAACAUCAUGACUUCAAAUGGGGAAGUUAUGUUAGUGAAGCAGAAUAAUAUAAAAAGAAGAAAAUUCAGGAAGAAAGACAGUCAAAGGAUAAUAUAAUGCAGUUGUAACAGCAGUUUGUAAUUUGUUUGCUAGCUUGCUCAGCUUGCCUUAAAUAAAUGCUAGUUAGCUAGGUAGCUAGCUAACUAGGAUAUGUGACUAAAACAAUUAUAAUGUUUCACUUCCGCUUGGACUAAGUGACUGAUUGAUUAUUAACAUUACUUCAGGAUCACUUAAGAUCAAUUUAUUAACUUCACUCUGUACUCUUUAAGCCUCUAAAUAAAGCGUGUUACUGCUGAAAAAAGAAAAAAAAA